AUGGGCGGUCUGUGCUCGAGACGCCAAACCAACAACUCGCCUCCGUCUAUCGAUAAUUUCUCCGUGAUUCGCAGCAUUGGUCGAGGAGCUUUUGGAAAGGUGUGCAUUGUGCAAGAUCGAAUUUCCAAGAAUUACUACGCUCUCAAGUAUAUGAGCAAGCGACGGUGCAUCGAGAAAGGCGUAGCGCCGAAUGUGAUUCGUGAGCUCCGAAUUCUCACCAAGAUUUCACAUCCAUUUAUCGUCAAUCUCUGGUACACGUUUCAAGAUGCCUCUUACAUGUACAUGGUUUCGGACUUGUUACUCGGUGGGGAUCUUCGUUUCCAUUUAAAUCAACAGGGUCGUUUCGCUGAAGAUCGAUCAAAACUCUACAUUUGCGAAUUGGCUCUAGCCAUUGAAUACCUUCACGAGCAGGGCAUUGUUCAUCGUGAUAUUAAGCCAGAAAACAUUCUACUUGAUGAGCAAGGCCAUGCGCAUCUUACCGAUUUCAAUUUGGCUACUCAUUUAAUCUCCGGCGAGAAAGCGACCUCAUUCUCUGGCACUCGUCCUUACAUGGCACCGGAGAUUUUCGAAAGCUCUUUAACGCUAAUACCAGGUUACGAUGAAAGGGUUGAUUGGUGGUCGCUUGGAGUGACUUUCUUUGAGAUGCUUCGCGGUAGGACUCCUUACGAGCUCGGCGGUGCUCAACUCGCUGAGCAGGCUUUAUUGAUUCUCCGAGAAACCACUGUCGCCUAUCCAGCUCAUUGGCCAACCGAUCUUCUCUCAUUUCUCUCACAACUUCUCUCCAUUGACCCUCAACGGAGAAUGCAUAAUUUGGCUUGUAUCAAGAUGCAUCCAUACACGGCAAGAAUCGAUUUCGCCUGGGUGUUCAGCAGACGAGCCGCACCGGUGUUUGUUCCCUGUAAAGAGGGCCUCAACUGUGAUCCAAUGUAUGAAUUAGAGGAACGAAUCGUCGAAUCGACACCGAUUCACCGACGCAGAAAUGGACGACAAAGGACUCUGGACAGUGUGACGGAUCCAGCUUUGUUGGAGAUCACAAAAUCUUUCAUCGAGUACUCGAGAAAGGACUGCCCUGUGAACAGCGUU